CUCCCCGAGAUGUUGGCUUAUAUAUCGCCUUCAUCUUCACACUUUCCUCGCACCACACACAGAGUGCAAACACGGAGAACAAAUUGUGGAACAAACUGUAUUUAUUGCUGGUAAAUAACCUUUCCCAUCACAACCAUGGGGCGGUGGUGGCAUAAUCGCAUAAACAAUUAGAUGCACCACGGUGCAAACCCUUCCAAGUGCAGUUUGCGUGCGACAACCGAUCAGUUCAUUUGGUUGCAUUAAUUUUCCCACCCAAUUGGCGCUCUCCCCCAACCACAGAAAGCUGCCCAAUAUAAACAAAAAGGCAAACCGUGCUCUACUCUUUAUCGGUAAUGGAUCAAUUAGCGUUCGGUUGUGUGCGGCGCGCGGCGCUCGUUUGUGUGGCGUUCUUUCUGCGGCUAAUCCGAUGGCUGCAGGUGUCGUACUGGGUUCCCAACGCGAGACCCCAUCCACCCGACACGCUGAACCACAGCAAAUGGGGCACUCAUCGGUACAUUACUGUGCACAACAUUAAGCUACACUACGUGGAGCAAGGGUCGAGCAGCAAACCGUUGAUGCUGUUUCUGCACGGUUUGCCCGAUUUCUGGUACAGCUGGCGCUACCAAAUGCACGAGUUUUCGAAAGACUACUGGACGGUGGCGCUCGACCUACCUGGCUUUGGACGCUCGGAACCACCGGCACACAGCGUUACUUACAAGCUUAGCAAUCUAGCCCGGCUCGUCUGUUCGCUCAUCACCGCUCUUGGCAAGUCGGAAUGCGUACUGGUGGGGAAUGGAGCCGGCUCUAUCAUUGGCUGGCACAUCGUUAAUCAAUACCCGGAUAGGGUAUCACGGUACGUAAUGCUCGGUAUGUCAUCGGAAGCGAUCCUGCAGCAGCUGUAUCAGCGUGGAGCCAUUCCUCUAGCAACACUGCUGAAGUCUGCCUUCCUGUUGUACGCCGGAGAGCUCCCUGUACUUCUCGCACGCACCGAUGACUACGCCAUGUUUAACAAGCUGCUCGGGCCGGACGCAAAACCUCAAGAUCUGGAAGCGUACAAGUACACGUUCGCACAACCGGCGGCACUGGGACACGCGUUGACUGCAUUUCGGGAGAAUUUCGCCGACUUCUUCCUGGAGGAGUACGAGUACAGGGUACGCAAACCGGCCAACAUACCGGGAUUGUUCUUGUUCCAGGAGGAGGAUUGCUUCGGACAAACGCCAGAAGAGUACAUGGGCCUCCUAACGGAUGCUUACGAGCCGUUGGAGACACGGUUUGUGGCACGGGUGGGCCGGUUUAUGCAUCAAGAUGAUCCUAAAACGGUGAACAAGUUGAUUGGGGAAUUUCUUGGGAUGAAUGUGACACGACCUAAACGUUCACUCGGUGACGGUCCAGAGAAGCAGGUGAUUGUGAAGGAAGUUUGUGGGAAUUGUCAUGGAAAUGCUCACAGGAAGCCAGCAGAAGCGCAUCAUGAAAAAUGUGUCGAGAAUUGUGAUGGACAGGCGCAUCGAUAUGUCUUCGAAAAGUCUCUCUGUUCUACGAGCACGUAAUCACAAUCCUUCCCGUACGCGAGUGAACUAAACACGGACCGGCACACGUUGCGAAAAUGUGUAUCCUUCACCCGGA